CCGCUCCUGCUUACUUCUUUCUCGACAAGAUGGCCACACCGGCGGUACCAGCAAGUGCUCCUGUGGCCACGCCAGCGCCAGUCUCGGCGGCGGCCCCAGCCUCGGUCCCAGCCUCAGUUCCAGCGCCAACGCCAGCACCGGCUGCGGCUCCGGUUCCCGCUGCGGCUCCGGUUCCCGCUGCGGCUCCAGCCUCAUGCUCAGACCCUGCGACAGCAGCGGCUACAACUUCGGCUCCUGGCCAGACCCCGGCCUCAGCGCAAGCUCCAGCGCAGACCCCAGCGCCCGCUCUGCCUGGUCCUGCUCUUCCAGGGCCCUUCCCCGGCGGCCGCGUGGUCAGGCUGCACCCAGUCAUUUUGGCCUCCAUUGUGGACAGCUACGAGAGACGCAACGAGGGUGCUGCCCGAGUUAUCGGGACCCUGUUGGGAACUGUCGACAAACACUCAGUGGAGGUCACCAAUUGCUUUUCAGUGCCGCACAAUGAGUCAGAAGAUGAAGUGGCUGUUGACAUGGAAUUUGCUAAGAAUAUGUAUGAACUGCAUAAAAAAGUUUCUCCAAAUGAGCUCAUCCUGGGCUGGUACGCUACAGGCCAUGACAUCACAGAGCACUCUGUGCUGAUCCAUGAGUACUACAGCCGAGAGGCCCCCAACCCCAUCCACCUCACUGUGGACACAAGUCUCCAGAAUGGCCGCAUGAGCAUCAAAGCCUAUGUCAGCACUUUAAUGGGUGUCCCUGGGAGGACUAUGGGAGUGAUGUUCACACCUCUGACAGUGAAAUACGCAUACUAUGACACUGAACGCAUCGGAGUUGACCUGAUCAUGAAGACCUGCUUUAGCCCCAACAGAGUGAUUGGACUCUCAAGUGACUUGCAGCAAGUAGGAGGGGCAUCAGCUCGCAUCCAGGAUGCCCUGAGCACAGUGUUGCAAUAUGCAGAGGAUGUACUGUCUGGAAAGGUGUCAGCUGACAAUACUGUGGGCCGCUUCCUGAUGAGCCUGGUUAAUCAAGUACCGAAAAUAGUUCCCGAUGACUUCGAGACCAUGCUCAACAGCAACAUCAAUGACCUGUUGAUGGUGACCUACCUGGCCAACCUCACACAGUCACAGAUUGCCCUCAAUGAAAAACUUGUAAACCUGUGAAUAGACCCCAAGCAGUACACUUGCUGGUCUAGGUCUUAACCCCAGGACUCAGAAGUGAAGGAGAAAUGGUUUUUUUGUGGUCUUGAGUCACACUGAGAUAGUCAGUUGUGUGUGACUCUAAUAAACAGAGCCUACCUUUUGUAAAUUAA